ACUCGUCUGUUAUAUGCAGAGUCGGUCUUUGGCGUCGGGGAUUGAAGUGAAAAAAUGGGCAAGUUAUUGGAGUUGUGUCUGAUGGUUUUGCUCUUGGCGUCGAGUGGCUCGAGUGAAGAAGUCACGGCACCUGGUGGAGGCUCAAAUGUAGCAGCUGGAGGGCUGGUCUCACAUCCCCCAGACAUGACUACAUUACCCCCAUCAGCAGCCAUGGUUUCAUCUCCAUCAGCAAGUGGAUCCCAUUCUGGAAACAUCAUUCCUUCAGGGGGUUUACCUGGGAUUUCUGCUGCUCAGGGACCCAGUUCAUCCUCAGCAUCCUUGGGAUCCUCUGCAGGGGGUCUCAUGUCUGCUGGAGGAUCCCCCGUUGGCCUGAGUGGCAAGAUCAGUCCCAAGUUGCCGCCAAGGAACCUGUCUGGCUCAUCAUCAGCAGGUGCUUUUCUGAGUGACAGAAGACCCUCAUCUUCUGGGAUCAUGGGUUCUUCAGCAUCAGGUUCUGGGGGUACGGCUAUCAUAUGGGGGAUGUCAGCACCAAUUCCAGCAUUGCAUCAGCAAUCAGCAGUGGGUCAGCAGCUGUUUUGGGAUCAGCUGGACCAGCAGCAUCCUCAGCACCAUCAUCAGGCCUGAAUGCACCUUCUGAUAUUGGACUGCACU